CAGCUUCCUUCGCACUUCCGGUUUCUUUCCCCACAGUGAGACAGAAAGCAAACAAAAUGCGUUAGUUAAACUUUCCAGAUGAGCUGUGGCUAGUGACAGCUUCAUUACCGCGACCCAGCAUAUUUUACCCACCGCUUAAUUAAAUGUUUUUGUCCUGGACUCCAUAGGCGAGGCUUUAAUAGGACAGCAACCAUGCAGUUCUCUCCCACCAACGGAGAUUUCACGUUCGUCUCCUCUUCGGAAGCUGAAGACCUCAGUGGAACCAUCAGCGCCCCUGAUGUUAAAGUGAACAUGGCCAGUGAAGGAGGCAGGGAUCCAUACGCCACCACCUUCCUGAGGCAGCGAGGCUACGGCUGGCUGCUAGAAGUGGAAGAAGAUGACAAUGAGGAGAGCAAACCUCUUCUGGAGGAGCUGGACAUUGACCUGAAGGACAUCUACUACAAGGUCCGCUGCGUGCUGAUGCCCAUGCCGUCUCUGGGUUACAACCGACAAGUAGUUCGAGACAACCCAGAUUUCUGGGGCCCUCUGGCUGUUGUGCUCCUUUUCUCCAUGAUCUCAAUCUACGGGCAGUUCAGGGUUGUAUCUUGGAUCAUCACCAUCUGGAUAUUCGGAUCACUUACCAUCUUCCUGCUUGCUCGCGUCCUUGGUGGUGAGGUUUCUUAUGGCCAAGUUCUUGGAGUGAUUGGAUAUUCACUUCUUCCUCUCAUUGUCAUAACCCCUCUGCUUUUAGUGAUUGGAGGGUUUGAAGUGGUGUCUACAUUAGCCAAACUCUUUGGCGUGUUCUGGGCUGCCUACAGUGCUGCUUCACUCCUCGUUGGAGAUGAGUUUAAAACUAAGAAGCCCCUUCUCAUAUAUCCAAUUUUCCUAUUGUAUAUCUAUUUCCUGUCACUGUAUACUGGUGUGUGACCGGAUGAGUCAGAACUUCAGACCUUAUGGCCAUGGACAGUGACCCUGAGUCAUGUUGGGAUCAUCAAACAACUAAACCCAGGAGGUCUUUUUUUUAAGACAUAUUUGUUUUUUGUUUUUUUAACUCUGUACAAUUUUAGGCAGUGAGGACAUUGGGAAUAUGGCUGUAAAUAGUUUGUCCUUUUCUUUGUUCAAUAAAAUGAAUCAAAUUUU